AUGUUCGGUCGCAUCGGAGGCCAAGCGCUUCGCUGCGCUGCUCGGCCGGUCGUACGUCGCAAAAUCCCCGGUCGCAGGUUCUCCGCGCAAACUGCCAAUACUACUUCGGCCUCUGCACCUUCGCCACUCGGAGGCAUCACCGUCGAGCUCGAUCGCAUUGCGCCUAGAUUCGAGGUCCCGGCCUCCCAGAUUACGAUCAUUGAUUCACCGGCCAAUUUCUAUGCCGCAUUGAAGCAUAAAAUCCGCAACGCCAAGCGGCGCGUUUACCUCUCCACGCUUUACAUUGGCAAGACUGAGCACGAGUUGAUCGAGACCCUGUCGGAAGCUCUGCGCACCAACCCAGAUCUCAAAGUAUCCAUCCUUACCGACGCCCUUCGCGGUACCCGAGAAACACCCAAUCCCUCAAGCGCAUCGUUGCUCUGUUCGUUGGUGCAGGAAUAUGGACCAGAACGAGUUGAGAUUCGGAUGUUCCAUACGCCCAAUCUCACGGGGUCGAAGAAAAAGUUGAUCCCUCGUCGAAUCAAUGAGGGCUGGGGCUUGCAGCAUAUGAAGCUCUACGGUAUCGACGAUGAGAUUAUACUCUCGGGAGCCAACCUGUCCUCGGACUACUUCACUAAUCGCCUGGAUCGCUACCAUUUAUUCGACUCCAAAGCCUUAACAGAGUACUACGCUCGCAUUCACCAUGCAAUCUGCAGCCUGAGCUUCCAGGUCCUGCCAGAUCCCCAAAAUCAGGCGGGCUACCUUCUGCAUUGGCCUACCUCAAAUGGAGCGCCGUCACCUCUGGACAACCCCCAGGACUUUGUUGCAUAUUCAUCAACUGUUUUGAGCCCGCUCAUCCAGGCGCGUGAUAACACGCCUGCUGUCCCCUCCUCGUCAAGUCAAACCUUUGUAUACCCCGUGGCACAGUUCACCCCCCUUCUAAAGCCCGACACCUCCACCGAGUUCCCAGCUGUCGCCAGUAUCCUGGGUCUGUUAUCCGAGUCUCCUGCGUUCGCAGGAGCACGCUGGCUCUUCACUGCAGGAUACUUUAAUAUCCACCCUGUCCUUUCUUCCCUCUUGAUCUCCAGCACAUCUUCCAGUCCUCAAAGCCCAACCACAACCCAGGGCACUGUACUAACCGCUUCCCCGUGGGCCAAUGGCUUCUACGGAUCCCCGGGUAUUUCCGGCAUGCUGCCAGCUGCAUACACACACCUGUCCGCGCGCUUUUUAGACCGCGUGGCUGCAGCACAGUGCACAAACUCCAUCCAAUUGAAAGAAUGGCGCCGCGGCACAGUCGGCACACCGAACGGAUGGACAUACCAUGCUAAGGGGCUGUGGAUCACCCUGCCUGGUGAGGAACAUCCCAGCCUGACAUUUGUCGGCAGCAGCAACUACACCAAGCGGAGCUACAGUCUCGAUAUAGAGGUCGGCGCAUUAGUCGUGACGAGCGACCCGGCUUUGAAGCAGAAACUGGGCGCUGAGACCGAGUGGCUUCAGAAAGAUGCCAAGGCAAUCUCGAGAGAAGACCUGAUGCGUACGGAGCGGCGUGUCGGGUGGAACGUACGACUUGCGAUGUGGAUUGUUGAGAAGGUUGGCGGGGCACUCUGA